UACCCAAAUGCUUCUUCAUUACACAAGCAGCAUCAUUGACUGGUCCGCAAAACAAAUCAGAAGCAAAGCACAAGGCACGAGAUUCCUCUGACACCACCAUGCAAAAACCAACUGUUUUGAAUUUCUGACAAUAUUUUUCUCAUCAUCAUCGUAUAUGAUACAUAGCAUACCUCUCAAAUCAAUCCUCAGAUCCACACUACCUGCUCUCUCAUUCCUUUCAAUCUCCGAUCAUUCUUCUUCUGCCGGCCACCCAAUGACGGCGUUGCAGGCGACUCAAAGCGAUCGUCUGUAUCCACAAACAUCGUUGGACGACGACGACAUGAAGCAAUCGGACACCAAAUCUCUCCUUUCUAGGGUUUCCAGUCACACUUCCGCCAACCAACAGAGGAGGCGGAGAACCGCCUCCAAGCCGUUUGCGACGCAGUCUCUGCCCCCUCGCCGACCGUCUUUCAGUCGUGACAUCGGUCACGCUGCCGCCGAGACCUAUUUGGUCACUCACCUCAGCUUCAAGCUACUCUCAUAUCUUGGGGUAGGUUACCGGUGGAUGACAAGACUUCUUGCCCUAAGUUUUUAUGCCAUGUUACUUAUGCCUGGCUUUCUUCAAGUUGCUUAUUAUUACUUCUUUUCAAGCCAAGUCCGCCGGAGUAUUGUUUACGGAGAUCAACCAAGAAAUAGGUUGGAUCUAUACAUGCCUACAAAUUGCGAUAGCCCAAAGCCAGUUGUGAUAUUUGUAACAGGUGGAGCCUGGAUUAUUGGGUACAAGGCAUGGGGUUCGCUUCUAGGAAAGCAGUUAGCAGAAAGAGACAUCAUAGUAGCUUGCAUCGAUUACAGAAAUUUUCCUCAGGGGACCAUCAGUGAUAUGGUUGAAGAUGCUUCUCAAGGGAUCUCAUUUGUUUGUAACAAUAUUGUUGAAUAUGGAGGUGAUCCUAACAGGUUAUAUCUAAUGGGCCAAUCAGCCGGUGCACAUAUUUCUGCGUGUACUCUCGUGCAGCAGGCAAUCAAAGAAUCUGCUGGAGAGAGCAUUUCUUGGAGUGUCUCUCAGAUAAAGUCUUAUUUUGGUUUAUCAGGGGGGUAUAAUUUACCAAACUUAGUGGACCACUUCGAUGGUCGAGGCUUGUAUCGGUCCGUCUUUUUAAGCAUCAUGGAAGGGGAACAAUCCUUGAAACAAUUUUCCCCUGAAAUUAUGAUACAGGAACUGAGCACUGAGAAUGCUGUUUCUAUCCUGCCCCAUAUUAUCCUUUUCCAUGGAACGGCAGAUUAUUCCAUACCAUCAGAUGCCAGUAUUACCUUUGUAGAUGCUCUCCGGAAGGUAGGGGCUCAAGCUGAAUUGGUUCUGUUUGAUGGAAAAACUCAUACAGAUUUAUUUCUUCAGGAUCCUCUGAGAGGUGGUAAAGACGAGCUCUUCGACCAUUUGGUCGCUGUCAUACAUGCAGGUGAUGAAGAAGCUCUUGCUAAGGAUGCUAUGUCUCCUCCUCCGAGAAGACGCCUUGUUCCUGAAAUUUUGUUGGAGUUGGCUCACAGAGUGAGCCCAUUUUAGGCCUUGCAUGCCUUGUCCCUAAAAUUUUGUUAAAGUUGGCUCACAAAGCAUAGUUGUUAAAGGCGCGUCUAGACUCCAAAAAAGCCCCAGAUUCGUCAAGGCUCAGCUAGAUUGCUUUAACCUACUACAGGCCAGGCUCCUUCAAUCAGGCUCACAUAAAGCCCACGGGCUCACGCUUUUUAGUAGGCUCCAGGCUCAAAAAAGGCAUGCCUUGUAUUUUUUAAUCAUUUAUCCAUAUCAUUUUAUUUUUUACUUGAUGACUACUAAAUUAAAAAGUCCUACAUCAUAUGUCGUAUUGUUUAACCUUAUGAAAUAUUUGACAAAAUUUAUAAAUUUAUGGUUUACUACUUACAUUAAUUGCAA